AUAUAUUUUUUAUAUUUUAACCACGCUGUUCGGGCAGUAAUUUUGCUCCUUCGAAUCGCAGUAAAAAAAUUGGUUGUUACGUUUUACCGCUAGUGAAAUGCCAUUUUCCCGGGAAACUGAAAUCUGAAACCGCUCCAGGUCAAUAAAAGAGAAAAAUAUUUUCCACCAAUAUUUUCAAAUUCUCCCGCGUUUUCGUUUCCCGUCAAAACCCCCCACUUUCCUUCAGACAUGGCGCCAUCUCCCGCUUUCCCUCCCUUCACCCAAAUCUCUCUUUUAUCCAAUCUCAGAUCCCCUCACCGCUCUUGUCUACUUCUCUUCUUCGUCUCUGUUGCUUUUUCAUUUCUCGCAAGACAAUGGGGAAGCAAGGCAGAUCCAAGGCGAAGCCCGAGAAUCUCGGCAAAGGGAAAGUCACUCCAGUCCAAGUCGCAUUCAUCGUGGACCGUUACCUUUCCGAUAAUAACUACCCCGGAACCCGUUCCGUUUUCAGGAACGAAGCUUCUGCUCUCAUCUCCAAGUCCCCCGUUCGAGAGGCGCCGAAGAGUUUGUUGAGUUUAGGGGCGAUGCUAGACGAGUACAUUUGUUUGAAAGAGCAGAAAGUGAUGUUGGAGCAGGAAAAGGCUCGUUUGGAGCAAGAAAAAUGCAGGGUUCAGACCCUUUUGCAGGGAAUGCAAAGUGUAAUGAACGCUUACAAUGCAAGUGCGACCGCAUCCGUGCCUGUGAUCCCUCAUGCUACUGCAACAAAAUCGGUAGCAGUGGUUCCUCAAUCAGAUCCAUGCGCCGGAUCUCCUUCAGCUUUAGGCCCUCCUGUGUAUGGGACACCAACUGUUAUUCCAGUAUCUGGUCCUUCUAAUUCCAGAAUGGAGCAUGAUAACUACUCUUCGCCAGUUACAAGUCAGCCAAUAACAAGAAAGAAAAGGAGCUCGGAGGCUGUCACAGAAGCCCCAGCAGCAGAAAAGAAAACUCGUAGUAAAUUAACUUCUAGGAAGUUGACAACCCAAGGAACAGAAAAGCUUCCAGAAUCUGAGAAUGUAAUGAAUAGUCAAGUAGCUGCUCAGCUAAUUCCUGCAAAUCAAUCAUCACCACCCAAUAGCACAUCCAAUACUUCGACAAUGCAUGUAUCUAGAGUUGCAAAGUGUUUGUUCAAUCGGCCACAUCUGUCCCCUCCAACCAAUUCAUCAGGUCCUAAGACACCCCCACAAGCAGUUUCCCCUCAGAGUGAUAAAUCAAUGACUCCACUGGGUGUAUCUUCUACUGCUAAUGGCAGCCACAACAAUACUCCUCAAGAGAUCACUCCUACCAACUGCACUAUAAUUUCAACCGAGAGAGUUACUGUUAGUCCCUUAAAACAAAUGACAUGUUACACCAUUGAGAGGAACCGUUGCAUUUCUUCUUGUUCACCAGUUAGGACAAGCUUGAAGAGGCUUGGCAAGAGGGAUCAUGUAAAAGGCCGGCUGGAUUUUGAUGGUUCUGAUGCAGCAGUGAAUGUGGACAAACCAGUAACCAAUGAGACUUCAACAUCUGAGUCUGAAAUAGAUGCAGAUAUCUUUGACCUGGAUUUGCCUAGUUUAGAUGCUUUUGGAGCCAAUUUCUCCUUCUCUGAACUGUUAGUGGAUCUUGAUCUUGAAUGUGAAGGAAUUGGCUAUCCUUGCCAACCAACAUUGGGUCCUUCUGCAGAUGCUCUUUCAGGGUCAUCUCAUGAAUCGGGGGAUGGCAACCUGGGGGCCCCUCAAGUCAUGUCAGAGUUUUCAUCUACUAUCACAAAAGUGUUUUCAGAGAAAGACAUGAAUGCACAAGGUCCCGACAGCGUGACUUCAGUGAAGUCUAUAACAAAAUGCGUAAAAAUAUUAAGCCCUGGUAAUACUCCACAUACUUCCACCGCCAUCAUUUUGAGAUUUAUUAUAUGGCUUUGCUCAGGUUUCUCUUUUUUUUUUUUUUUGAAAUUGCAGCAAAAGGUCGAAGGAGUUCUUCAGAGCAACAAAAUUGUUCUUCUAAGAACUGACUGGUUUUAUCAUCAAGAUGACCCUUUGGCUGACAUGUCCCAGUGCAGCACUCACUGGAAGCAAAGUUUAACAACACAAUAUUGUUUUAAUUAACAAUUUCUAAAACCUUUUUGGGGUUUUAACAUGGCACAAAACUAAUUUCUUUGUAAGGGUCAAGUUAUGUUUGAGAUGAUCCACCAUUAAUGUGCCCUUGCUCUACAUAAGAAAUGGUUAACUGAAUUCAGUGUUUUCUAAAUUAAUCAUCUAGGCUGCCUGUGGAGGCUGCUGUUAGCAGUUUGAUUGUGUAACAUCAUAAUUCUUUAAUUGAAGAUUAUUUUCUCUUGCAUAUCAUCAUUUUAUGCUUGGAAAAAUGCUCAUAACAAGGAACAGAGUUGGAAAGUUAUACAUCAGGACACAAGCCAAGUACUUCUGUAAUUUCUCAACUUCUGGGCUUCCAAUGAAAACAGGUGAACGCUGGUGUACCUUGUUGGAAAAACUCAAGAAAACUAGAGAAAGAAACUGAAUAAAGAAGAGAAAACAAGUGGAAAACUAAUUCACAUGUUUUAUUUUCAGCUCUAUUAGAGCUUUUAUACUAGAUUACAAUUAACAAAAUUGAACUUAAAAGGAUCAGUUUUUGUAAAGAAACUUGAAAUAGAUUUUUAUCAAGAUUCACAACUACUAACUACAUCAAAUUUUAGAAGUAGUAAAGUAGUAUUGAUAAAAUGAUAUGAGAAUUUGAGUUUUAGCUAAUACAUUUAAACGACUCAUGAACAAUUGUUUCAUUAACAUUGAUAACAUCAAAACAACACAAACAUUUACGUUUUACUACUAACCAAUACAGUUACAAUUUAACAAAGUUUUUAACACUUCUGUUAGCCUAGGUUUCAAGCAUUUUUCAAUAUGGACCUGUUGAAGAAAUUCAGUAUGUACUCAUGCAAAGUUGUAGAUCUGACAUUAAAUACUGGAAACAAGUUAAACAAGGAGGAUGACUCAGGGAAAGCUGAUGGAAUGUUGUAUAAAAGCAUGGUAAGCUCUCUGUUGUACCUGUCAACUACUAGACUUGAUCUUAUGUUUGCUACAAAUCUGCUUUCCAGGUUCAUGCAAAAUCCAUCUGUUUGUCACUUUACUGUUGCUAAAAGUGUUCUCAGGUACAUUAAAGGUAUUGUAGAAUUUGGCUUACACUACAUGAAGGAUGAAAGAGUGAGUUAAUAGGCUAUAGUGACAAUGAUUGGGCAGGGUCUAUUGAUGACUCAAAAAGCACUAAUGGGUUUUGGUUCUCUUUUGGCAAUGCUUUGUUCUGUUGGAAUACCAAGAAACAAGAUAUUGUGGCUCAAUCUUUCACUAAAGCUGCAUAUAAAGCCACAACAGCAGUUGUUAAUCAAGUUAUAUGGUUGAGGAAAUUGUUAAUUGACUUAGGGUUCAAGCAAGAAAAAGCAACUCAGAUUAAUGUAGAUAAUCAAUCUGCCAUAGCUAUUGCAAGAAAUCCAGUACAACAUGGCAAGACAAAACACAUAAGGGUCAAAUAUCAUGCCUUUAGAGAAUCUGUCAAAGAAGGUGAAAUUCAAUUGGCUAACUGCCCUAUUGAUAUGCAGCUUGCAUACAUCUUUACAAAAGGCUUGACAAUAGAUAAAUUCGAGCUUAUGAGAAGGAGGUUAGGAGUUCAGCAGGUGUUCAAGCAAGGGGAUAUGUUGAAAAAUGCUUGAAACCUGGGCUGACAGAAGUGUUAAAGACUUUGUUAAAUUGUAACUGUGUUGGUUGGUAGUAAAACGUAAAUGUUUGUGUCGUUUUGAUGUUGUCAGUGUUAAUAAAACGAUUGUUCAUGAGUCGUUUAAGUGUAUUAGCUGAAACUCAAGUUCUCAA